AUGCUGCGCAACCCGGCCAUCGCCGUGGCGCUCCCCGUGGUCUACUCCCUGGUGGCGCUGGUGAGCAUCCCCGGGAACGGCCUGUCCCUCUGGGUCCUGUGCCGGCACCUGGGACCGCGCUCCCCGUCUCUCAUCUUCAUGAUCAACCUCAGCCUCACCGACCUGGCGCUGGCGAGCGCGCUCCCCUUCCAGAUCCACUACCACUGCAACGGGCACCACUGGGUGUUCGGAUCCGGCCUCUGCACCGCCGUGACGCUCGUCUUUUACGCAAACAUGUACUCCUCCAUCCUCACCAUCACCUGCAUCAGCGUGGACCGUUACCUGGGCGUCGUGUACCCGCUGGCGUCCGCGCGCUGGCGCCGGCGCCGCUACGCCGUGGCCGCGUGCGCCCUGGCCUGGGGCGCGCUCCUGGCCGCGCUCUCCCCGCUGGCGCGCACCGACCUCACCUACCCGGUCCGGGACUUGGGCAUCGUGACCUGCUUCGACGUCCUGCAGGCCUCGAUGCUGCCCAGCGUGGCCAUGUGGGCCGUGUUCCUCUUCACGCUCUUCGUGGCGUUGUUCCUGCUGCCGUUCCUGGUCACCGUGGCCUGCUACGCGGCCACCAUCGCGCGCCUGUUGCGCGCGCCCUCGGGGACGCACGGGGCGGGCCAGCGGCGGCGCGCCGUCAGCCUGGCCGCCGUGGUGCUGGUCUCCUUCGUCACCUGCUUCGCGCCCAACAACUUCGUGCUCCUGGCGCACAUGGUGGGGCGCCUGUUCCUGGGCAGCAGCCUCUACCACGUGUACAAGCUGACCCUCUGCCUGAGCUGCCUGCACAACUGUCUGGAUCCGUUUGUGUACUAUUUCGCCUCCCGUGAGUUCCAGAUGCGCCUGCGGGGCUAUUUGGGGGGGUCCCCAGUCUCCCCACAGUCGCCUCUGCCGGUCCAGGACGCGCGCAACAGCCACGGCCGCCGGGAGAGCGCGCGCUCCGGGCGCACGCUGUCCGCGCCGUCCGUGUCCAGCGGCCCCGCGGAGGGGCUGGAGGCAGCGGCCCGGAGGCCGUUUCUGGAGAGACAGGAGAGCGUGUUCUGA